AUGGCUCCCUUCGAUUAUCUUCCAGGGUCUGUUUCUACACAUACUUUCCUGCGACGGCUUUCAUCGGACGGUGUCUACGACCGACUGGCCGAAGCUUUUUCCGGAAUGGGUACAGCUGCCAUAGCCAACGCAGAUGUUAACGAUACAUUUUUUCAGUAUACUCCCAACGAAAUGAGACCAGACUGUCAUUAUUAUCGCGACUCUGAGUCCGCCGAAUACUCUGGUAAUCUGUUCGGAGAAAUCCUAGGUCAGGCGCACGGCACUUUCGUUGGUGCCAGAGGUAAUCAUUAUCCCGGGCCCAAUGCUGCCAGGCCUAACCAAAUUACAGAUCAGUCGAAAGCAAGGUGCAGUAUAGCAAUCGGUUGCCCCUCCUUUGCACCAGAUAGGUUGAAAACUAUAUGGCAUAAUCAACUUUGCACUUUUGUGGGACUCCGUGAUUCUGAGAUGGAUUCGUCGAUUAGUGUGAAGGAAAUCGUCAAGUCGACUACUUCUGGUCGAGGUAUUGAUGCGAUUACUUUGACGGGUGGUUUAAUGUAUACGUCUCCGAGGCGUCACCGUGAUAUGAAAAGUGGUGAAUGCUCUGAGUUGUCCACGGUUGUGCCUUUGUACAAGAAACGACCUCUACCUGGACAAGACGUUGAUUCUUCUUCUUCCUCCGUGGCCGCCACGGGCGUUGAUCAGGAUACAUUGAUUUGGCCGUCCGGUAUGCAUUGCGUACUUCUAGUUGCUUUAUGUGACCAUGUUCUAGGCAAUGACAUCUAUGUUGGCGCUGAAUACGAUCAUCGUCUGAUGCCAGAUUCGGGCGGUCGGCUGUUUGCUUUGAAAAAAGCGAAGUUAGUACAGCCGGAUUGGCGCGACAUCUCUGGCAGUCUGAUCACACCUUGGAGCAAUUAUGCAAGCCUCCGGCCUGGAACUCUCAUCAUCGCCAAUGUAAGCAUAAGGACCUUUAUUGUUAGAGGUAAAGCCAGUAGGAAACCAGAGCGCAAGAUUUUUCAAGCACUCAUUAAUCAUCUUCAAGUUGUUGCGGAGUCAGAUGUUCAUGUAUCAGUCCCUGAGCCGCUGCGAUUGAAAUCUGCAGUAGGGUGUGUUUCUGCAGAAUAUGCUUAUGAUUCAGGCGAGGCUGCUUUUGUGGAUUUGAAGACCACAUUUGCGAACUGUUUUUCUGCUAUGGAUGUUAGCAUGCGUGAUGGCGAGAAUCCGACGGUCGAGAGGGGCAAGAAAGCGAGAACUCAAUAA